AUGUUCUUCUGCAAAUGUGGUGCGAUGAUCCUGGUUUGUGUGUCAAUUUCAUUUCUUUCUACUGAUAUCUCAGAUGUACAACAAGGUUGCUGGAAAAGUCAACGAAAUUGUUUCCCUCUUGAAAAAUGCCUAAGUGGGAACUAUGAGUUCGUACGGAUUUUAUCUAAGCGCUAUCUGUGGACUACUAACAAUGUUCCAGUAAAAUGUAAGAGGCCGAUGUGUUUCCGAGAGAGAAAUAUUUGGAACUGUAGUACCUUAACAGCAAUUCUCAUUGAUUUUGCUUUGACUUACGGAGGAGCACCUAAUUUGAAGGAUAUUAAAGGAUAA